UUUUUUUUUAAAAAAUAAAACUGUAAUAGAACUAAAAUGGCUGAGCAAGUACAAUAUCAACUCGAGCGUAUGAUUCCUGAGCUCGAGGCUCUUGAAAAACAUAAUAUAUUUUCACAUACCGAGGUUCAGUCCAUUGUCAAAAAUAGAUCCAAGUUUGAACAUGCAUUACAUCGUCGUAUUAAACAAAAACUUGAUUUCCUUAGAGCAAUUGAAUACGAGACUAAUCUUGAAAAACUUCGUAAAAAGCGUAUUGCAAGAAUGGGUCUUGAAAGAGAAAUAAUAGGCACAAGUGUACAAUAUGCUGGAGUUAGACGUAUUUUGAGCUUAUAUCAAAGAGCAACAAUUCGAUUCAAAGGCGAUUUGUCACUUUGGUUACAAUAUAUUGAAUUUGCCAAAUCUAGUCACUCAAAUAAAGUAUUAUCAAGUAUUUUUGUACAAGCUAUUCAAUAUCAUCCUAAUAAUGCUUCAUUGUGGAUUAUGGCAGCAUCAUUUGAAUAUGAACAAAAUUCAAAUAUGGCAGCAGCUCGUAUCUUAUUACAACGUGCACUUCGUUUAAUGCCCGAGAACCAGCAUUUAUGGCAUGAAUAUUUUCGAUUAGAAUUGUUAUAUAUUGAAAAGAUUAAACUUAGAAGACGUGUACUUGGUAUCAAUCAACAAAAGAAUGCAGAAGAUAUAGAAGCAAUGAAUGUGGAUGAAAAGGAAGAAGAAGAUGAUAAUACAAUUCAAUUACCAGCUGUUACAGGCGAAGAUGUAGAAAAAUGGAAAGAGGAUGAGGGACAAAAGAAAAAGAUUAAAUUAUCAGAAGCAGAAGCAGCAGCUCUUGAAGAAGCCAAUAAUCCUAUUCUUCAAGGCUUGUUAUCAAAGAUUGUUUAUGAUAAUGCUAUACAGGCUAUUGCGGAUGACAUUGAAUUUCGCAAAAAGUUUGUCGAGAUUUAUCAAGAAUUUACAGAUACUGAAAAGCAUAUUGACUAUAUUUAUGAAACCAUUCGUCGUGAUAUGAAUACAUCACCUGUAGCACGUGCUUUCCUUGCUAAAAGAUAUUUAUUUGAAUACAAAAACCUACAAAUGAUGACUAUGACAGAUCCAGCCUUUAUUCCUGCUUUCAGAUUAUGUGUGCAAGAAUUCGACACAGCGUUGAAGGAGGUUCCAUUGACUGAAAUGUGGGAACUCUACAUCCAAUUUUUACUUGAUUGGCAUACAGUCGCAACUGAAGAGAACUUGAAAUUAUAUCUUGUUAAAUUAUUACAAAAGUUGUUCAAGACAUGUAGAAAAGAGGAUAAAUUGAGCAUGAAAUUGUAUGAGUUAUGGUCAUCCUUCUUGAUGAAGGAAAAUGAAGAGGAGAAAGCAGAUAAUAUUGCAUCCGUUGGUUUAGAACAUUUCCCUCAGUCUGUUCCUCUUUGGUUAAAUCGCAUUGCAAUAACUAAAGAAGAGCAACGCCAACUUUAUGAAACUGCAUUAGAGAAUAAUCCAGAAUCACUUUUAUUAUGGACAUCAUAUAAGGAUUGGAUAUUGAAUAAUGACUCACACUUAUUGACAGAAGAAAUGGAUCAACUAUUGUCUCAUGCAUGUGAAAGAGUGACUCUUUUACUGCCUUCUGUCACCUCUUCUGAACGUAAUGAGAUUAAGGAUAUGAUACAAACAGCUUAUACAGAAUGGGCAGCUCAAACUCGAGGCAUAGAAGAAGCACGACAAGUAUACAAGAAAAUUAUGAAAAACAGCUAUCCCACUUAUGCAUUCUAUAUGAAAUGUAUUGAAGUUGAAAAUAAAUAUGGAGAUAAAACAGGACAAGAAAAUGUAGAAUAUUUGUAUGAUAGAAUUACAAGCUUACAAGAAAAUAAAGAUGCGAGCUACAUUUCUUAUUUGGCAUAUCUUUAUUCUCAAAAGAAGUUCCAAAAAGCAACUCAAGUGUAUAAUAGAGCAUGUAAAGAGGUUUCUGAUAAGGAAACAUUUGAUAUUAAAGUUCAAAAGUUAAGAGAAUCUAAACAAAGAAACUUGUAAAUUAAAUAAAUAUUGACUUCUUUUAAUCUUCUCCUUAAA